CUGGCCAACUCCUGCCCCUGGGGUUGAACCUCUAUUCCAUUUCUGCACGGGAAACAGCCCUCUAGAUUGCAAAUGGAUUUCAUUGCUGGAGCCAUUGGAGGUGUCUGUGGCGUUGCUGUGGGUUACCCCCUGGACACAGUGAAGGUCAGAAUCCAAACUGAAAAGAAGUAUACUAGCAUCUGGAACUGUAUUCGAGAACUGUACAAAGCAGAAAAGCUCUCUGGGUUCUACAGGGGGCUCUCCCUGCCUGUGUGCACAGUAUCUCUGGUCUCCUCGGUCUCCUUCGGCACCUAUCAGCAUUGCCUUUCUCGCAUCUGCAAGCUCAAGUAUGGCAGCUUGGACGUGAAGCCUUCCAAAAUGGACAUCACCCUUUCGGGAUGUGCCUCUGGCAUUGUCAGGGUCACACUGACAUCCCCUACAGAAGUGGCCAAAAUCCGAUUGCAGACACAGAAACAGCGUCCCUCAAUAACUUCUUCAUCUCCCAGUGAUCUCCUUCCUCCACCCAAGUACCAAGGUCCCCUGCACUGCUUGAAGACUGUGGCCAAGGAGGAAGGCUUGGGAGGCCUCUACAAGGGCAGCUUGGCAUUGAUGUUCCGGGACUGCAAUUCCUUUGCCACCUACUUCCUCUCCUACUCCAUCAUCUGCGAGUGGCUCACUCCCGCCGGGCAGAGUCGGCCAGACAUCCUGGGUGUGCUCUUGUCUGGGGGCUGCGCUGGUGCUCUGGCCUGGGCUGUGGCCACUCCCAUGGAUGUGAUCAAGUCUCGUCUUCAGGCUGAUGGACUGGGCCAGCAAAGGUACCGAGGAUUCAUUCACUGUGUCACACAAAGUGUGAAGGAAGAAGGAGUGAGGGUCUUGUUUAAAGGACUAGCUCUGAACUGUUGUCGAGCCUUCCCUGUGAACAUGGUGGUUUUUGUCUCCUACGAAGCGGUCCUGAAACUCACCCGGGGUUUCACGACAUAAUUGACUUCUUUCAUCAUACCCCAUAUGAAGAUGGCUCCAUUUGUGGAUGCAAACCAAGCUGGGGUUAGAGGCCUGGGGUGAAACUGAAUUGAAUUCCAGACUUUUGGACCCAGGGUUAUAGGUCUCUAGCAACAAUAUCUCAUUCUAACAGCCAUUGGCUAUGGGGACUGGAGGACCCAAAUCGGGGCCUCUGAGGUGAAUGUUCAGGAGUUGAACAGGCAGCUUGCCAUUCCCCACUUCCUCUUGGGGUCUCAGUAUUGCUCCUUGGUUAGGCUCUACCUCCCUACCAGUGACUGAUUCAGAGACUGAGUCUAGCCCAAAGUGGGCUAUUAGGUCACAGGUCACAAAAUGAGUUUCUCCACGUUUACCUUCUUAGAACAGGCAGCUCUCUUUCCCCUGUGACUUCAGCACUGCUGUUCAUAGGGCCUGCCUACCUCACCCACCUCUUAAAAAGCUUCUGAGAAGGACAGACGGCCUGGUUCUUCAGCAGGUCCAUAGUGUUAACAUGUCAUACUUUCAGAUGCUUUUUGUAAAUGUUGUGAGUGUAACCUUUCAGAUGUUUUAGACUU